AGAAAACGACCGAAGAAAACAGACCUAACUAUAAUUCUCAAAACCUGUUUGCAUCAAAAAUCCCUCAUUCAUGUCGUUGGAGCUCUUGAAUUCAGUAGCUCACACCGUGCAAGACAUUUCUGGAGAGCACGAAGAUUAUCCCGAAUGCUAUAUCUGUUAUGGAAGACUAAAGGAACCUUUUAUACGAUGCAGUGAAUGUCAUCCCUUUGUUCAACUUUGUCUUGCAUGUUUCUGUGAGGGAGGCGAAGCAGGACGUCACAAGAAUAACCACAGCUAUGAAAUUCUUAAUAAUUCGUUCUGUAUUUUGGAGGAAAAUUGGACAGCACAAGAAGAAAUGCAGUUAUUGGAUGCAGUAGGAGAUUGUGGGAUUGGCAAUUGGGCUGAAGUUUCAAAGCAAAUGCAGACAAAAACAAAUAAAGAGUGUGAAAGGCAUUAUAUCAAGUGCUACAUUCAAGAUGCUAAACAAAAUGGACUUCCAGUGUUAAGAUGUCAAACAGAACCCUUCUAUAGAUCAAGAUUGUUGUGUCCUUUGCCAUUUCAAGCAACUGAAGAUCCACCCCGUCCUCCRAUGGAUUCCUUCAAAAGUGUUGAGCUAGCUGGCUACAUGCCUUGCCGAGGCGACUUUGAAGUGGAAUAUGAUAAUUAUGCAGAAUUUGACAUCAAAGAUAUCACUUUAGACCCUACGGAUUCACUGUUAUUGCAAGAGCUCAAACUUGCUGCAGUACAAGUGUUUAUUAAUAGACUCAAACAAAGGUGGUAUMGAAAAAAAAUUGUACAGAGGUAUGGAUUGAUUAAUAUCAAAAAAUGGCAGAUGCUAGAAAGAAGGCAGGAUAAAGCAGAAAGGGAUUUGAGGGACAGUCUUCGGCCGUUUGCAAGACUACAAUCUUCAGAUGAACAUGAAAAGCUUGUCCAAGGAAUGCAACUGGAAAAUUACCUAAAAAGAGAAAUCUUAUCGCUGCAAGAAUACAGGAUGGCUGGUAUUAAAACAAAGAAAGGUGCGGCAGUGUUUGAGAAGUUGAAAAAGAAGCAUGAAGAAGACCUAGGAAAAAGAAAACUAGUGGAUGAUGUUUURAUACACAUUAGGGACCAGAAAGUUUGUCAGGCGUGGUUGCAAAGACAGGCACUGCUAGAAUGUGGGAAAAGUCUGGCACCMAUACCAUUACCAAGCCUAGGUCGUAGGCCAGCUGCAAGAUUAGAUUUAAAUGGGACUCCAGGGGUAGAACUCUUGUCACUUGAAGAAAGAGAGGUGGGUUCAUUUUUCUUAGGUCUUGGGGAUCUACGACCAAAUAGUGAGCUUGCGAUACUUAGUGCCGCACUGAAAGACGAAAGAGCGGAGUGCCAGGAUGCAGAGGGCGAUGUCUGGUUUGAAGACUGUGUAGAGAAAAUGUGUAUUUAA